CUUUCUCUUUCUCUUUCUUCUUAUUCUUCUCUCUCUUCCAUUGUAAUCUGUGUUCUGUUCUCACCGUUCUCUCUCUUCCAUUCAUUCAUCUGAGUCUCUUUAAAUAGUCUCUCUAUCUUCCAACCGAAAAAUAUUAUCUUUUUAAGGAUAUCCGCACCGUGCUUCUCGCCCUUCUGUCUUUCUCACACCAAAAAUCUCUCUUUUUCUGAUUUUUUUUUCACCGCCCUGAAAUCUAGAAACAAGCCGCAAAAAUAAUCAAUACCCAGAAUUUUUUUCGCUGAAAUACUUUGUGGGGUUUAGUUGUUUUUCGGUUUUUUUUUUCUUCUUUAAUUCUUCAAUUUCGUAUUUGAAGAGACAUGCAAAGCUGAAUUUUUAUAUAUAAUAAUAUAUAAAGCUGGGUUUCUUCGGUAUCUUGAGGAUCUGCUGCGUUUUGCUGUAUUCAGUGGAUUGUGUUGAGGGGUUUUGAGAAUUUUUGUUCAAGUUGAAAAAGCUGAGAUUUUUUGUUUAAAGUUCUGCUACCAUGGAUGCUCAAUUACAAAAAUCUGCUGAUGAAACGAGGAAGAAGCUUCAUGGUGAUUCUUCAACAGCUGAACUCAAUAAUUCCAACAUGGUUGCUUCUAAGGGUGCAAGUUCCCCAUCUGAUGCAAGAUCGUGUGUUUCAUCAAUAGGAGAUGCUUCUGGUAGUGUUAAGGAAGGUGAUGUGGAUCAUGAGUACUUGUCCACAGAUCAGAGUGUUCCUUAUCCUGCUGGUGGCUAUUAUGGUUACUACUAUCCAGGUUAUGGUGGUUUCUUUGGAGAGUCAGACAACCAAGGGUACUAUGUUGGUGCUGAUGCCGUGGAUCUUCAGUACCCUGUCAUGCAAGCAGAUAAUGGAUCUUAUGUCUAUCUCGUGCCAGGACUUCAGACUGGCUACCCUUCAUACUUUCCUCUAAGUACAGCCGGUGUCGAUGGACAGUAUGUUGGCCAUAAUGUCUACCCCCCUGGCUCCAUCUUUCAACAACCGAUUGGAUCACCCGGUUAUUUUCCAGCCUCUCUACAGUAUGGAGAGUUUAUGCCAUCGACAACAUAUACAUGGGACUCACCUCUAACGUCACAAGAUGGGUUACAAGGACAUAGCUAUAAUGAAAUGGCUGGUAAACCAAAUGAUAGAUCCAAUUUGUCUUCCCAGAGUCAUACAGGUGGUAUUGUGUCAAAGUCUGCACCUCGACCAAACUCGGCUGAAGUGAAGGGUUCGACACCAUUGUUAGAGGUCUCAUCGACUCAUGUUAAGCGUAACCAGCCAAAACAAACAAACAAGGCACCGGUUUCAGUCCUACAUUCACCUGUUUCCAAGUUUCCCUCAUACAAUCAAGGAAAGAGUGGAUUCAUCUAUCCAAAUAACUUGCUUAAUGUGAAAGAAAAUACAAAGGGCUGGGUUAGUACUGAAAAGUUGAAACAGAGAAACAAGGUCAACGAUUCACUUAACGAGCAGAAUCAAGGUCCUAGAACAACUAAUGCAAAGGGUGCAUUAAUAUCUGGAGGUAACUCUGUGAGGAACUUGGCCGUAGGUGGGAGUGGAAAUGUUGCCAGCAAAAUCAGGACAGAUCAAUACAACCUUCCUGAUUUUCCAACCAAAUAUGAUCAUGCUCUUUUCUUUGUCAUCAAAUCAUACAGCGAAGAUGACAUCCACAAGAGCAUCAAGUACGAUGUGUGGGCGAGUACUCCUAAUGGGAAUAAGAGGUUGGAUGGUGCAUUUCAGGAUGCACAGAAGCGAAUGGAAGAGAGAGGAAGCAAGUGCCCCGUGUUCCUUUUCUUUUCGGUCAAUGCCAGUGGCCAAUUUUGCGGAGUAGCUGAGAUGACCGGGCGAGUUGAUUUCAACAAAAGUAUGGAUUUCUGGCAGCAAGAUAAAUGGAAUGGAUAUUUCCCUGUCAAAUGGCACAUUAUAAAAGAUGUUCCAAAUCCUCAACUACGGCACAUAAUACUUGAGAAUAAUGAUCACAAGCCUGUGACAAAUAGUAGAGAUACACAAGAGGUGAGUUUUCCCCAAGGUGUUGAAAUGCUCAACAUUUUCAAGAACUAUGUGUCAAGAACUUCCAUAUUGGAUGACUUUGAUUUUUACGAAAGCCGCCAGAAGGUCAUGCUGGAGAAAAAAACAAGGCAAUCUAUGUCACAUACCAAUAUACAGCAUAUAGACGAAUUAACCACUACAUUUGGGUCAGUAGACCUAUCAUCUGUGAAGAACAUGGAGGAUCCUAAGGUGGUUGAGAAGGUGAAUGAGUGAAGAACAUGUAGGGCAGAUGCUAUUCCCGGGGACCCACCAUGUCAGCAUGCCGGUAACGAUUGGCUCCAGAGUGUGGCUCCAGAGUGUGCCACGUGGGCCAUAAAGUAAGAAAAGCUAAUGAAUUCAAAUUUGAAGUACUAAAAAAAUUGUUGCUGAUGAUGCUUUAGAAAGGGAAAAAAGAAAAAAAAAAAAAAUUAUCCGGGGAAAUGGUGACUUUAUUCCUAAUUGUACAAAACUACAAAGGAAGAAAGUCUUGGAAGUGGAUGGACCCGGUGAUAGGGUGCUAUGAAAAGCAGGUGCCAUUUACUUUUUUUUUUUUUUUAAUCUUUGUUUGCACAUAAUAAGCUCAGUUUGGUUCCUCCUUUGUUCUUGGUAUUUUCACAUUUUUCUUGUAGUUGUAGUUACCGAUUUUAACAAUAUAACAAAUGGAACGAUUUGGACAACUCACCAAUAAUAAUAUGUUGAAAAUGAUGGGUUCUGUGUGGAAAAUUAUUGGA